AUGGCCUCCACAAUGGAAAUGCAAUCAUCUUAUAGUUCCAAGAAACAAGAUGAUUCAGAGUUCAAUUUGACAGAAUGGGCAGUGAAAGCUAGAAUCAGUAGAGAGAACACCAAGUCCAGAAGGUACUCAGCAUCAUAUAUAAGAAGCUUUAGAGAAGACACAAGGUCUUUUAGAUCAAACAUAACCAUUUCUAGUACUGCUUCUUCACCUGGGUACCCUCUAAAAGAUGAAAUAGACCCUUCAACCUAUUCUUUCACUACUGCUCUUAAAGCAUUGCAAGCAAGGUCAGCAUAUAAGAGUUGGGAAUGCUUAUCUCCAGAAGGGUUUGCCUUGAAUUCCAAGUGGAAUGAAGCAGAAAAAUAUAUAUGCAACCCUCUUUCAGGGGAGGUACCAAUGGAGUGUUUAUCUGCAAAAACUCUUAGUGGAAGAUCAUUUCGAAACUCAACAACAAACAGAAUUACCAUGUCUGCCCCUCUUGUUUAUUCUGCAACACAAAUUCAAACAAAGCCAUCAACUUACAACAGUUACACCCAAGAUGAUGUGGCUCUUCAAUUUCACGUUCCAGAAAAGGUUAAAGAGGGUAUGACAAGAGAUGCAGGUACUCAAAGUACACCUCCUUAUCUUAGUUCAAGCAAUCCCUGCCCUGCUUUAACACCAUCCAUCAUAAAGACUUCAAUAAAGCUAUCUGAAGAUAAGCUAAAUUCAAAUGCUAGAACUAUAUCUGAGGCAGAGGUUGAAGUGAAGGAUAAAGAAACAUGGGACACAAGAAAAGAAACUGUGAGAGAAGUGAAUAGUUAUAGGAAGAAAGAUGAGGAACAUUGCAUGCAAGGUGGGUGCUUUUCAUGGAUAAGGAAGAAAAGAAAGGGAGAGAAAGAAAGAGAAAGAAGGAAUAACAUUUUUCUCACUCAUUUCAAAGUUUGCUAA